AUGAUCGUCGGAGAAUAUUAUCGCGGUGGCAACUUCGCAGUACGAGAGGUAGAGAACGACAGAGUAAAGCUCGUACCAUUCGUGUCAUCACUUCAUGCCGAUCUCUUCUUCCAAGGCUCGGUUAACCAUCCAGAGCUUUUCCGUUUCCUUCCCUAUGGACCUUAUGACUCUGCGGCAGAAUUCGUCGAAGGGUUGAUCGAGGGUUUUAUCAACUCUGAUCCGGGCGCCGCUCUCUAUGCCAUCAUAGACAAGACACACAGUUUCCCUCACUCUCCUUCUCCUUCGCAAGCCGAUUUUGCGGGGGUGAUUGGUUACCUUAACACAAGUACCACGCACCUCAAGACUGAAAUCGGCUGUAUCACGAUUCUUCCACCCUUCCAGCGCACACAUGUCACCACGAACGCAGUCGGGCUGCUGAUGGAGUACGCGCUCAACCCUCCUUCGUUCUCUGGGCUGGGUCUUCGGAGAGUACAGUGGCAGGCAAAUGAGUUGAACUUUCAGUCUGUUCAGACUGCGGAACGGAUGGGAUUCAAAAGGGAGGGGACACUCCGUUGGGAUAGAGUUCUACCCAGUGAUAAAGGAAAACCUGGGAAUUCCACUCAGUCAAGGGUAGGGGACCCGAAGUUGGACUGUGUUGGGAGGCAUACAGCGAUACUGGCGAUAUGCUGGGACGAUUGGGAGAACGGAGGGAGAGAGGAAGUACUGAGGUUAAUGGCGCGCCGAAACUAA